AAUGCAUUAUACUGUUAUUUAACGUUAAAUUAGUAAGAUUCAAUAAAUAAAAAGAGGAGUAGCAGAAUUUGAUUUCUUUUUAGAUGGAAAUAUUAUUUAAUUUACUAAAUCAUAAACUUUUGGUUAAUUAGAUAUUGUCACUGAUACAGUUAUAGAUGUAAAAAUUAGAUGGUCAGGAGGCUUAUUCAAUAAUCAUAUGCUGUUAUUGUAAUAAGAUUCAUGA